AUGAAUUUUUAUUAUCAGAAUAAUCCAAAUAAUGAGUUACAUUCUUUUAGACUUUCAAAGGGCACUUGGUUAUUUCGAAUCUGGGGUGCCCAAGGGGGAUAUCUUAAAAAUAGUGAUAGUGGACUUGGGGCAUAUUCGGAAGGUAUAUUUAAAGCAGAAAAUGAUAUUACGCUAUACUAUUUCGUUGGUCAACAAGGUAAAUGUUCUUCCACAAGUAUAAAAAAUACAAAAAAUUUUUCAGGGGGGAAUAAUUUCAUUGGAACACAAAGUCUUCCAUCUUGUACUGGAGGUGAAGCGACAUUUAUAUGUAAAGAUAAAUAUGCAGAAAAUAUCCUAUUAAUAUCUGGUGCAGGAGGUGGAUCUGGAUAUUGGCAAUAUGAAAGUUAUGGAGUGGAUAAAGAAUUUUAUGGCGGUUUUGGAGGACCAUUUGCAGGUGAUAGCGAUGGAAGUGCAUAUGAUAUGCCAGAUGAAGAUGCAAAAAAAGUCAGAGGAAAAGGUGCAACAUUUUCAAGACCUGGAGAGGGAGGAAUAUAUUUAGGAGCUAAGGGCUUUGGAAAAGCGUCAGGAGAUCACGGUGAAUAUCUGAGAGGAGGUGGUGGGAAAACAACAGCCGGAGCCUCAGCAGGCGGUGGAGGAUGUGGAUAUUAUGGAGGCGGUGGAGGUGCAGAUGUGUCGGGAGGUGGUGGUGGGAGCAGUUUCGCUUCAUAUGAGAUGUAUAAUGUAAUUUUACUUGGUGGCAAUAAAUAUUUUUUGUCACCAAAUGAUGAACUAAAAAAAGGUAAUAGAGGAAAUGGAGCCAUUAAAAUAGAACUAUCCAAUCCAUACACUAUUGAAAGAGCCGAGUCAAAAAUUAUUAAUUACUCUUUAAUUUGUCGAAAUAAUCAUAAAAUAUCUUUUUAUAUGCUGUUACACCUUUCAAUUCAAUUUUUAUCUCUUGGAUUAUUUUAA